AUGGCUUCAAAAACUAUAAUCUUUACCAUUGAGGUUGCUUGUGCAAUAGCAUUUUUUACAUCCCAUGUUGUUUUAUCUGAUGACACAGUGCCAAUUCCAGCUGAAAAGGCCCAACUAAACACAUGGUUCACUAACAAUGUGAAGCCUUUAAAAGAAAGAAAAGCCACCCUAGACCCUGCUUUGUUGACUGCAGAAGAAGGUAGCAAGGUUGUGAAGGUAAUGCAAGAUGGUAGUGGGGAUUUCAAGACCAUUACCGAUGCCAUUAACAGCAUACCUAAUGAAAACACCAAGCGUGUGAUUGUGUACAUUGGAGCUGGAAAUUAUAAUGAAAAAAUUAAAAUUGAGAGGACAAAGCCUUUUGUCACCUUAUAUGGGGUACCAGAGCACAUGCCAAACUUAACCUUUGGGGGAACUGCACAAAAAUAUGGCACAGUUGAUAGUGCUACAUUGAUUGUUGAAUCAGAUUAUUUUGUUGCAGCUAAUAUCAUGAUCUCGAAUUCUGCUCCAAGGCCUGAUGGAAAACGACCAGGAGCUCAAGCUGUUGCGUUGAGAAUUUCUGGAGACAAAGCAACGUUUUAUAAUUGCAAGUUGUUGGGAUUCCAAGACACUGUUUGUGAUGAUCGGAAUAAGCAUUUUUUCAAAGAUUGCUUAAUUCAAGGAACUGUGGAUUUUAUUUUUGGCAGUGGGAAAUCACUAUAUUUGAACACUGAAUUAAGAGUACUUGGUGAUAGCGGGAUGACAGUAAUAGUAGCACAGGCAAGAAAAAGUGAGGAAGAGGACUAUGUCUACUCUUUUGUCCAUUGUGACAUUACUGGAACUGGAACUGGCACUUACUUGGGCAGAGCAUGGAUGUCUCAUCCAAAAGUUAUCUUUGCUUAUACCAGCAUGAGCAGUGUUAUUAUUCCAGAAGGAUGGGGAGACAAUAGACACCCUGAAUAUGCCAAAACUGCACAAUUUGGAGAGUAUCAGAACAAGGGACCUGGUGCUGAUCCCAAAGGUCGAGCCAGUUUCACAAAACAACUAACUGCUGAGCAGGUCAAACCAUUUAUAUCUCUUGCCAUGAUUGAAGGCUCCAAAUGGCUACUUCCUCCUCCACAUCCUGCGGUCUAA